AUAUAUGGCACUUUGGGGUAUUUUAGCCUUGAGUCUCGUACAAUGGGGGCUUUCCACUGCCAUUCCUGAGUGUAAUGUGCCCCAACACACCCCUUGCUCCAAGUCGCAUGCCAACAUUGUGCAUCUACCGAGAUCUGGUACUUAUCCGUAUAUCAAGAUCCUCUGUUUCUGGCUUUCCUUGCCUGGCUCUAGGAAACGAUCCCGUGGCCUUUGUCGACGCUGGAAACCCUCCUGGAUCCUGGAUCUCCCCGUGUUUCGGCGCCAUACCGACCGGAUUGGACCGGGAAUCUGGACAGCGCCUCGGGUGAUCGAACCCGCUCUUUGUUUUACCUCUUUUAUAGAGGCGGGCGAAAAACGCAGCCUUUGUUGCGCUCCCAAGGAAUGGUGUCGCACCAUUUUAGACUGCGGAUACUUCUGGCUUCCUGUCUCAUUCUGGGUGACCUGAGUGGUGCUCGCAACAUCUGGCUGUCACAGGAGCCAUUCACAACCGACCGUUCUUAGGCUGGCUUAAUGUCAUCGGUGCUUCAAAUGCACGUCGGCGUUGAGUUUCGGCGGUAAAAAAAAACAUGUCCUUCUCCGAACCCAGUCAUCUCAUUAGCUGAAGAGUGCGUAAGGAUUCGACCUUUGAUUGGUUCAGUGCAGGAAGCUCAGGACGUGCGCCUCACCUUGUCACUCCCGAGAUUCGAGAUCGUGGUUCGGAGAGUUAAUAUUGUUAGCCUCCGUGAAGCA